AUGGUAGUGGCUGGUGUGCAGGAGAAGAUUGGCGAUAAGCAGCAUGAGGAUAUCAUCGACCGCCGACAGGCAAUUUUCCGUGCUGUAGAGCUGGCAGAAACAGACGAUAUUGUAGUUAUAGCUGUGCAGAGGUGCAUUAUGGCAAGCUUUACAUUAGAAGAAAUAAUAAAAGCAACUGGCGGCAAGGUGUUAGAGCAGGUAAAAGCAGAAUUUACUGAUGUGGUGACAGAUACCCGCAAGUUGGCAGAGGGUGUAUUAUUCGUUGCACUGAAGGGUGAGCGUUUCAAUGGUGAGGUUUUUGCUGGUGAGGCACUGCGAAGGGCAGCCAGCGAUACUCAGACCGCAUAUCAGCAGAUAGCAGCCUUCCACCGUAAGAGAUUUGACAUACCGGUGAUUACAAUUACUGGCUCCAAUGGCAAAACUACUACCAAGGAUUUGACAGCUUCUGUUCUGGGUGCAAAAAUGAAGGUCUUAAAGACACAGGCAAAUUUCAAUAAUGAAAUCGGUCUGCCUCUCACUCUUUUACAGCUUGAUGAACAGCAUGAAGCCGCUGUAGUUGAGGUUGGUAUGCGUGGUCUUGGACAGAUUGCAGCACUUGCCCCUGUGGCUGCUCCUAAUAUUGGUAUCGUAACCAAUGUAGGUGAGACUCACAUGGAGCUUCUCGGCUCUAUGGAGAACAUAGCAAAGGCAAAGGCUGAGCUGGUUGAGGUAAUUCCUAGUGGCGGUGUUGUAAUUCUCAAUGCAGAUAAUCCUUACACCGCAGCUAUGGAUGCGAAAUGUCAGCCAGAUGUGAAGGUUGUUACCUUUGGCAUCGAGCAGGCAGCAGAUAUCAAGGCUUCUGACAUAGAGAGUCUUGGCAAAGAAACCAAAUUCAAGUGUGCAUUGGAGAAAAAUGGCGAGGCUCAUGAGUUUGUUCUUCCUAUGGCUGGCCGUCAUAAUGUGUACAAUGCUUUAGCGGCUAUAGCAGCAGGUGUUGUUAUGGGGCUUAAUGCGGAGGAGAUACAGACAGGUCUGAGUCAGCUGGAAAUGAGCAAGAUGCGCUUUGAGUACAAGCAGAUUGGCAAGUAUGCUGUUAUCAACGAUGCCUACAACGCCAGUCCAAUGUCCAUGAAGGCGGCACUUGAUACCAUCUCUGAGGUUGCCAAGGGGCGCAGUGUGGCUGUGCUUGGCGAUAUGCUGGAGUUAGGUGAUAAUGAGGCUGAGCUUCAUCGUCAGGUGGGCAGACUUGUUCCAGAGAGCGGUGUAGCUGUACUUAUUGCCUAUGGUAAGCUGGGUGAGGAGAUUGCCGCAGGUGCCAAGGAAAAAGGCAUGACUGAGGUUUACAAUGCACAUUCUCAUGAGGAAGCGGCAGAACUUCUGCAUAAGCUGCUUCAUGAUGGUGAUACUAUUUUUACUUAA